AUUUAUUCUUUCUGUAUGGGCAAACUGCUUCCUUAUUAUGCGUCAAAGACGCAAAUAAUAAUCCUCGGGUUCGUCUGUUUCGGAUGCCCAGGGAUGUUCAACGCACUCAAUGGCACCGGCGGCGGCGGACAACUCGACCGCACAGCAGGCAACAAUGCCAACACAGCACUCUACGCCAGCUUCAUAAUCUCCGGACUCUUCGGCGGCGCCAUCAUCAACCGAUUCGGUAUCCGACUAACAAUGUUUCUCGGCGGACUGACCUUUGCAUUAUACUCCGGAUCCUACAUCUACAUCAACCACACGCAGAAACAAUGGCUCACUGUGGUUUCGGGGGCGGUUCUGGGGUUAGGCGCUGGGGUGUUUUGGACGGCGCAGGGAAUGGUUAUGAUGGCAUAUCCAAUGGAAAACGAGAAGGGUCGGUUUAUCACUGUGUUCUGGGUCAUAUUCAAUCUAGGCGGUGUGCUCGGCGGCAUCGUGCUGCUGGCAACCAAUUACUCCCACGAGGGCCCAUUAUCCGACGCCGCAUACGCGGCGUUCGUCGUAAUAGAGGUAUGCGGAAGUCUCUGCGCAUUGGCCUUGGCGCCGCCCGCGCGGGUGCAGCGCACAGACGGGUCCGGGAUCAUUAUCCAUAAGGUAGACAAUAUCCUGGAAGAGGCAAGGGCGAUUCUGCGGUUAUUCAUGGACCCAUGGAUGCUGGUUCUUGUUCCAAUGAUGUUCAGCUCGAACUUUUACUACUCGUAUCAGUUCGGUGCCUACAACGGGUCCUUGUUUACGACAAGAACAAAGGGGCUGAAUAAUAUAUUUUACUGGGGCGCCCAGAUGGUAGCGUCCUUUGUGCUGACGCGGUUUCUGCUGGACCGCCAGACAUUGGCGCGCAGGACGCGUGCGGUGAUCGGGGUUAUUGUAACGUUUGUUGUGGUGAAUGCUGUGUGGGCCGGGGCGCUACGGAUGCAGGGAAAGUAUACACACGGGGCCAGCACCACCGGGGGAGCCAUUGACUUUACGCAGACGCAGCGGGCGCUCUGGCCCUGUAUACUCUACGCUUGCAUGGGGGUGCAGGACGCAUUGUGGAAUAAUAUGGCGUAUUGGCUCCUGGGCACUAUCAGCAAUGAUGCGGGGAAAUUGGCCAGGUAUGCUGGGUUUUAUAAGGCUGUGCAGUCGGUGGGCGCAGCGGUUAGCUGGCAGUUGGAUUCUGGGAAGGUGCCGUUUGAUGUUCAGCUAAAGGUCAACUGGUGCUUGUUGGAUCUGGCUGCGGUGAUGAUGUUUUGGCUGUCGUUCCGCGAGGGGUUCAAGGAGGAGACGGCGGAAAUGAUGGGCGCGGAGGAGAAGGCGUCCGGAUUUGCUUUGGUGCACGGCUGGGCCUGGCAGCAGCACAGCAGCGACACGCUGGGCACGCUGACCGACAUUCAGCGGCAGCAGCUGCAGGAGUUCUGCAACGUCACCAACCUGGAAGAUCUCAGCACAGCAGUACGGGUGCUAAAGUCAAAGCACUGGAGCGUGCCAAUGGCCAUCCAGGCAUACUACGAGCCGGGAUACGCCGAGCAGCUGGAUUCUGGCCCACCACUGUCACCACUGGCAGCAGAGGAAGAGUCGCAGUUGCAGUUGCAGUCGCAGCUGCGGCGCAGACGCGCAGCCGCCUCAGAUGAGCCCAGCAGCGAGCCACACCGCGCACCCCAGCAAACACCACAGGUUGGGUUCAGCUGGCGACCGCUAUUCAUAUGGCCGCUGGACCUGGUCUUCAAAGCGGUCCAGCUAAUAAUCCACCUCGUCCUCGGGCUUCUCGGGCUUCAACACAUAGCUUCACAAGGCGUCCCACGGCAGCUGCAGCAGCAAAUGGCCACCGAAACAUCCACGCAGUACUUUGACCACACAUUCGGCAGCACACACCCCGAGUUCUUCACCGGUACGUUCGCACAGGCACAGGCACAGGCGCUGCGGGAUUCCGCUUGCCUCGUGGCAGUAUUCUGGAGCAAGCACCAUGAUGACACGGCGUUGUUUGCCCGCGCACUGCAGCACGAGCGUCUAAUGCAGCUGCUGGCCGACGGCUUUGUGCUGUGGUUAGGCGAUGUGGCCACGGAGGAGGCUGCCGGCGUGGGGUUGGUGGUGGGCGCUGUGGCGUAUCCCUUUGUGGCCGUGCUUGUUCCAAAGGAGGAGGACGCCGGGGCAAUGCGGGUUGUUGCGCGGUGCAGCGGCGUGCCCAGCAGGCGGUCGGUGGCGGCGUUGGCGGAUGCGCUGGCGGAGCUCAUUCGCGUGCCGGUGGAGCGGCAUGGCCAGGCGAUGCGGGCGGUGAGGCGAAGGCGGGAGGAGCAGGCGGAGGCGCGGCGCAUUCUGGAGCAGCAGGAUUCUGCCUAUCAGGCGUCGCUGGCCAGAGACAGGCUGCGCGUGGAGGAGGCGCGGUUGCGCGAAGUGCAGGAGCAGCAGCGGCUGCAGUGCGAGCAGGACGAGCAGAGGCGCAGGGAGCAGGACAAGCAGGAUGAGGCUGCUGCUGCUGCCGUCACCGCCGCCGUUGCCAAAGGUGGGGAGCCGCAGGUUGGCAGGGUUGGGUUGCGGCUGGAGGACGGAGAGCGCGCGGUGCUUAUGGUGCGUGCGCAGGACAGUGUGCAGGGCCUGUUUGACUUUGUCGAGACCAGGGCCGUGGCCUGCGAGUGGGAGCGUGUGCGAGAGACGCCCUUUGGUCCGUUGGAUGCGGUGCACGUGCCCGAGGGUUACGUGCACGAGCAUGACUUUGUUUUGGUGUCGCAGUUUCCGCGCGCUGUCUUCGAUGACCGCGCCGCCAGCCUUGGCGAGGCCCUGGCAGCCAAGGGCCUGUGGCCGUCGGCUGCGCUCAUAGUCGAGCCGCUGUUUGAGCCCGAGGCCUGAUUGAAUACAAAAAGCACUUUAUAUUUAAAAAAACAUGUCCAUUCUCUUUUA